UGGUGCCGUACUAACACGAUGAUGAUGACGCUACAGUUGAAUGCUCGCCGGGUCGAAAUUUGUUAUUUAAGUAGCGUGCGCCCAACUCAUGCCAAAUUACUCUAGCGACAACCACCGACGCGAUCAGAACGCAUCAAAAAGCGGAAAAAAUAAAAAUUCUUCUUUGGCACAGUUUAUUUCCAAAAACAAGUGUAAAUAAUAAAAAGUUUAUUACCAAAACACAAAAAAGAAAACAGUUAAAGAACAGAGAAGCGAAAUAUUUAUACAAACGUUUGUGAGCGAAGUGAAAUAUUUGGAAGCGAAGUGAUCGGCAAAAUGAAUAAACUGCAAGUAAUAUUUCUUUUCUCAGCGGCACUAAUGUGUUGCGCAUUUGCGGCACGCGAAGGCGAAGAUGACCGUUGGGUGUGGACCAAACGAAGCGACAACAAGGAACAAGCACGUCGAUUUCACGACAGUACAACCAGAUAUCAGGCUGCUAAUUUAAGACGCAAUGAGCGAGCGCGUGAUCGAGAACCAACUACCCGAAAACCACUGCCGGGUCAACCGCCAAACGAUGAAAUCGACGACUAUGAAGAUGAUGUAAAUACGAACGUCGCAACACGAAAUUACCCUUACCCACCCUUCGGUAAUGGUCAGCUAUUUGGUGCAAACUUCUAUCCGAAUAUUGGCGGUGGCUUCGGUGGCGCGACCGGCAAUGGCAAUGGUAUAUUAGUGGGACCUGGCGGACCGACGGGCGUUAUUGGACGUCCCCAACCAGCAUAUCCGGGUGGAUACAACGGCCAACCGGGUGUAGGCUUUCCCGCACAACCAGGCAUAUUCGGUGGUGGUAAUGCCUUAGGCGCGGGUGGACAGUUCGGACAAGCGGGUGCCGGUGGCUAUGCCGGCGCGGAGCCUGGUUUAAAUCCCGGUUUUGGUGGCCAAUUUGGAGGUGUCGGACAAUUUGCCGGUGGACAGGGUGGGCAAUAUCCCGUUGGCGGUCAAUACCCAAUUGGGGGACAGUACCCAGGUGGUCCACAAUAUCCCGGCGUUCAAUUUCAAGGCAAUCAAUUUCCAGCAGCACAAUAUCCUGGUGCUGGCGGUCCCCAAUAUACUGAAGGUUACGGACUGGCUUCGGGCGGUGGCGGUUUCCCAGGCUACCUGCAAUACAGCACAGGCGGUCCCUUUGGUUAUGGCAAUGCUUUUAACGAUGCUGAAAGUGCAAAUCGAAAACUGCAAGUUGAGGGCAAGAAUGUGGAGGUACUUAAAAGUAGCAAGCUAAGCAAGCAGCAAGUGGAUGACAAGAUCAAUAAGGGACUUACAAAAGUGCCGCACUAAAGAGUUCUUUCAACUUAAUUACUGUAGUGUAAUAAUUAAUUGUAAUUUAUUGUAAAAUUUUGUAGCUUUAAUUGUUUGUCUUAAAAUAAAAAAUAAUUAUUUUC